AUGUUUGAGCUCAUGCCAGGCCAACACCUGGGGUUCAGUUUCAGUCAAGAGGAAGGAACCUACCUUUUUGCCCAUGAUGCCACCAAGCUGGAUUCAACAAGGCUGAAUACUCCUGAAAAAGUUGAUGAUUGGCUUGGAGCAUGCUAUUAUAUCCAUACUGCAUUUUGUCCUGAUAUGGACUCUAUUCGAAAAGGCAUUAUUUGUCUGGCAGAAUGUGACGGAUGGGAUUGGACCAAAAAGCAGGACUUCAAAAUCUUUCAGAAGUUCUUUUCCGAGCUCUUGACGGUCUAUCCUUUCAAUGGACAAGUCAGACAUUACCACACAGGCACCACGCUAAAUAUAAUGGCAGCAAUGCUGCGACAGAUUUUGCCCGCUCAUUUGAGGAAUACCUUCAAGACAGGUCUCGUUUUUGAGGGCCGGUUGGAUAAGUUUUUUCUGGUUCCAGAUGCCAAAACGGCCAAUCAACGAAUGCUAGCUCGGAUGAAGGCAACCCUGAAGCGACGGUAUGAUCAUGAGAAAUCCUUCUCAUUGAAAGGAAACUGCUGA